GUCAACAUACAACAUUCACCCAACAAAUCAAUUGGGGUUCAUAAAAAAACAUGGACUAACGAGCAAGUUAACAGAAUAGCAUCAGAAAUUCGCACAGCCUUUGAACAUCGAGAAUAUUGCAGUGCGAUAUUUCUCGAAGUAUCUCAAGCAUUCAAUCACGUCUGGUUCAACGGCCUUAUUCAUAAAAUUAAAGCAAUUUUGCCGGUGUACAGCCUAAAUUACUUUAGUCGUGUCUCUAAAACAGUCUUCGCAAUGAAGUGCAACGCAAAAACAUCUGACACCUACUCAAUCAAACCUGGAGUCCCACAAGGAAGGGCACUAGAGGACAGCGGAUCCAACAAGCGAACAGCUAACAUCCACUUUCGCCGACGACACUGCGAUCCUCAGCCGCUCCAGAUGCACAGUCAACCCAGCUCGCUAACCACCUUUAGACAGCCAUGCCCUCCGCUCGACUUGAACAGCACUCAGAUCCCCGAAGUCAAGGUGGUAACGUACCUCGACAGCCUCCACUGCCUCAUAACGCCCGAUUGGCCCUGUGUCUGGACUACAAGGUCCUGGUCUACAACGCCACCCUAA